GGUCUUGGGCAGAAGAGGUCAGAAGGCAGAAUAAGCCAAUGCUGGGGGUGCCCAGACCCCGCCUUUGUGGCCAGCCCACAGCCAGGGUCCCCAGCCUGCCACCUUCCUCCUCCCGCCUCCUCUGCCCUCCUCCCCUCUCCCCUCCCCUCCUCCACAGUCCUUAUAGCCACACCCCGCAAGGAAAACCCAGACUCUGGCGACAGCAGAGACGAGGAUGUGCGUGGGGGCUCGGCGGCUGGGCCGCGGGCCGUGUGCGGCUCUGCUCCUCCUGGGCCUGGGGCUGAGCACCGCGACGGGGCUCCACUGUGUCGGGGACACCUACCCCAGCAACGACCGGUGCUGCCACGAGUGCAGGCCAGGCAACGGGAUGGUGAGCCGCUGCAGCCGCUCCCAGAACACGGUGUGCCGUCCGUGCGGGCUGGGCUUCUACAACGACGUGGUCAGCUCCAAGCCGUGCAAGCCCUGCACGUGGUGUAACCUCAGAAGUGGGAGUGAGCGGAAGCAGCCGUGCACGGCCACACAGGACACGGUCUGCCGCUGCCGGGCGGGCACCCAGCCCCUGGACAGCUACAAGCCUGGAGUUGACUGUGCCCCCUGCCCUCCAGGGCACUUCUCCCCAGGCGACAACCAGGCCUGCAAGCCCUGGACCAACUGCACCUUGGCUGGGAAGCACACCCUGCAGCCGGCCAGCAAUAGCUCGGACGCAAUCUGUGAGGACAGGGACCCCCCAGCCACGCAGCCCCAGGAGACCCAGGGCCCCCCGGCCAGGCCCAUCACUGUCCAGCCCACUGAAGCCUGGCCCAGAACCUCACAGGGACCCUCCACCCGGCCCGUGGAGGUCCCCGGGGGCCGUGCGGUUGCCGCCAUCCUGGGCCUGGGCCUGGUGCUGGGGCUGCUGGGCCCCCUGGCCAUCCUGCUGGCCCUGUACCUGCUCCGGAGGGACCAGAGGCUGCCCCCCAAUGCCCACAAGCCCCCUGGUGAGUGCCUCGUGGCCCUGCCGCACUGCUCCUGGCGGGUGAGGCCCGCCCACCAAUCUCUCCUUCUUUUUUCCUCCCCAGGGGGAGGCAGUUUCCGGACCCCCAUCCAAGAGGAGCAGGCCGACGCCCACUCCACCCUGGCCAAGAUCUGACCUGGGCCCACCAAGGUGGACGCUGGGCCCCGCCAGGCUGGAGCCCGGAG